UUGUACUUCAAAUCAAACCAACUAUCUCCUCAAAUAUCCCUUUGUGAUUUGGUUUUGGUUGAGUUUUGCCAAAUCAGGAGGGCGUGUCUCUGCAAUAAUGGCCAUGGCUAAGUUCUUUGCUGCUUUGAUCUUGGCACUCAUUGCCAUUUCCAUGCUUCAAACUUUGGUCAUGGCUGAAAAUGGGAAAGGAGACUUGUAUGAUGAGAAGAUGAAGAGCCAAUAUGGACCCGGCAGUCUCAAGAGCUCCCAAUGUCCAUCACAAUGCACGAGGAGAUGCGGUCAGACCCAAUACCACAAGCCCUGCAUGUUUUUCUGUCAGAAGUGCUGCAGGAAGUGCCUGUGUGUACCUCCGGGGUAUUAUGGGAACAAAGCUGUGUGCCCUUGCUACAACAACUGGAAGACCCAACAAGGAGGACCAAAGUGCCCUUGAGCUUCAACUUUUCCUCAAAAGUCAUUUUUCUAAUUAUAUGUUACAAUUUCCAUUCCUUGUGUUGCUUAUUUACUUCUCUACUAUUUUGGUUCUAUGAAAAUGUCAUGUUGUAUUUUGGGAUGCCCUUUUGUUGUUUAUGGGCUCCAUCUACUAUAUCACUCCUUUAGGCUUGUUUGCCUUUAAUGUGAGUGGUCUAUCAAUGUGGUUGUUAUCAUCUAUGGAACUUUUUUGUUGAGUAAA